AGAGAAAAAAAGAAAAUAAAGAAAAGCAGAAAGGCUGCAAAUUUCGAAAGAGAAAAGACACUCUCAUCAAAACCCAGUAUGCAAUUGAUUGUGGAAGUGGUAAGAUGAUGAUGAGAAGUUCGAGAGAAGAGAAAAGAAAAGAAAAGAAAAGAAAAAUUUUGGGAAAGUGGGGUUUGGAGGGAGAGAGAGAGACAGAGAGGAGAGAGAGGAGGAUGGGGACAAGCGUCCUGGAGGCGCCACGUGGCGAGACGCAACUGGCUGUGUGCUUUUCGCUCCGGGGCUCCCACAACAACACAACUCCUGCUGCCGUGUCAGUGUUAACCCCGUCCUAUGACCCCGGCGAAUCCGUAUUUGGUUAAUAGUAAAUCUAAGAUCCAGAUCGAAAGAUGAAGCAAAACAGUUCAACAACAAGCAAAAUGAUUAACCGAAACUGGGUCUCGAAGCGCAAACGGAGAAAGCUUCCAUGUGGUGCAGAUAUAUCCAAUGCUAAGGAAGGCAAUUCUGUAGCCUCGGAAUCUGCCACAAGUACUAGUUCAUCUAAACUCAGGUUGAGGAAUGAAACUAGUUCUGGUCAUUCUUCCAGCAAGAAGAAAGGAAAUGAUGGGUACUAUUAUGAAUGUGUGAUUUGUGAUCUUGGUGGAAACUUGCUUUGUUGUGAUAGCUGUCCAAGAACCUAUCACCUUCAGUGCCUUAAUCCUCCUCUUAAGCGUAUUCCAACUGGAAAGUGGCAAUGCCCAACCUGCUGUCAGAAAAGUGAUUCAAAUGGGCCCAUGAACGAUCUGGAUGCUAUCUCUAAGCGGACAGCAACAAAAAAUAUCAUUGGAAAAUCUAAAACUACAAUGAAACUGUCUGCCACUGACAAGGAAACUGGUACUGACAAGGUAUCCCCGAUUUUUGGAAGCUCCAUUCUUGGAAAGAAAAGAUCAAAGAGCAAAAGAAAAUCUUCCUUAUCUCAAGGAGUACAGUCUUUUGAGAAGCGUAUCAAUGCAUCUGCUGAGCCUAGUCAUCUAUCCACUGAGAAUAACUUACCAUUUGUGAGUAUUGAUAAUGAUAGAAAACCCGAGUCAUCUCCAAUAGAUGAACAAGGAGAAAAGAAGUCAAUAUCUCCUGCAGUGGAAGUUUUGUCUAUAUCAAGGACUAUGGAUUUGAAGCCAAAUGAUGAAGCUCCUGAGAGUAAACCUAUAUUGGUUGACGACAAUGGAUCUCCAAAACAAGAAGCUGUUCCUGUUUUGGGCGCAGCUCCUGAGAGGAAGCCUGUCUUGCUUGACGAUGAUGAAUCUUCAGGAAAAAAAGUUGUUCCUGUUUCGGGCACAGUCACUAAAAAAGACAGGAAAAGAAAGCGUAAGACUCGUAUUGGUGACAGUUCUUUAUCGAGGGCUAUGGAUUCAAAGCCCAAUGAUAAAUCUCCUGAGAGGAAAUCUGUAUUGUUUGAUGAUGAUGGAUCUUCAGGAAACAAAGUUGUUUCUGUUUCGGGUUCAGCUCCUGAGAAGAAAUCUGUCUUGCUUGACGACGGGAAACCUGUCUUGUUUGAUGACAAUGAAUCUCCAGGAAAAAAAGUUGUUUCUGUUUCAGGCUCAGCAACUCAAAAAGACCGUAAAAGAAAGCGUAAGAUUCGUAUCAGUGACAGUCAAAAGAAGCCUAAGACUGAUGAAGGUAAAGGCACCAUGGAUAAAUCUCAUAAACGUGGUUCCAAAGCAAAUUCUGCAGGUCCAAGAACUACUAAAUCACACCGAAAAAAACAUAAUAGUGCUGACCAUGGGGCUUCUGCAUCUGGGUCAAAGGAAGAUUUUCAUACCAAGAAUUUGGAUAUUCAACUAAAAAAUGAGCAGGUUGCUGAGGAAGCAGGUGAUCCGUCGCAUGAAGCAGAAAAAAUUCUAGAUGGAACAGUGACAUUUUUAGAUCAUGCUCCUGAUGAAGUUCAACAGGUUGAUCGGGUCUUGGGUUGCCGAGUGCAAGGUGAUUACAAGAACUCAUGUCCAAUAUCUAUGGCAGUUGCAAGUGACUUGCCUUCAGAGGAUCUAUCACUUCCCGUCAGCCAAAAUAUACCAUCAGAGGAAAAUACCAAUGGUGAUACAAUUUUGGAUGGGGGAACUGCUGAAAAUUUUACUGAGGCCUCUCAGAUUGUCAUCAGUCAUGAUGGGGGAAAAAACAUUAAAAACGAUACAAGAGUGGAAACGAUACGUGUGUAUAGAAGAUCAUCGAGUAAAGAAUUUAGAGAAGGGAAGUCUGCCGAUUCAACCAGGAGAGACACUAAUGGUUCUACUUCUACAGCCAUAAACAGUAAAAGUCAAGAUGACUCGGCUGUCAGUGGCGAUGGCUUGGAGAAAACAACCGAGAAGAUUUCAAAUGCUGUUUGUUCAAGAAGUCAUGAUGAUAGCGAGCUUUCAAAAAAUUUGCAAAUGCCUGUUUGUCAUGUAAUCAGGGACACAAAGGAGUCAAAAAUAGAAGUGAGGACAAAUAACCAUCCUGACAAUAUAACUCAAGUGUCCAUCUUGGCUGAACCGGCAUCCUCGCAUAGUGCAGCAAUCUCAUACGAGUUUUUGGUCAAGUGGGUCGGGAAAUCUCAUAUUCACAACAGUUGGGUUUCUGAAUCUAAGCUGAAAUUUCUGGCGAAGAGAAAACUAGAUAAUUACAAGGCAAAGUAUGGGACAACAGUGAUAAAUAUCUGUGAGGAACGGUGGAAGCUGCCUCAGCGGGUGAUUGCUCUUCGUACCUCCAAAGAAGGUUUAUCCGAAGCUUUUAUAAAAUGGACUGGUCUUCCUUAUGAUGAAUGCACUUGGGAAAGAAUAGAUGAACCUGUGAUUGCGAAAUUGUCCCAUCUGAUUGAUUUGUUCAAUUGGUUUGAACAGAAGACAUUGGAAAAUGAUGCUAAGAAGGAUGAUACACAAAGGGGAAAGGGUGAUUGUCAACAAAGUGAGAUAGUUACUCUUACUGAGCAACCUAAGGAGCUUGAAGGAGGCGCAUUGUUUCCGCAUCAGCUAGAAGCUCUGAAUUGGUUGCGGAAAUGCUGGCACAGAUCCAAAAACGUAAUACUUGCUGAUGAGAUGGGUCUUGGGAAGACAAUAUCGGCUGCUGCUUUUAUAUCAUCGUUAUAUUUUGAGUUCAAAGCCACGUUGCCUUGUUUAGUUUUGGUCCCUCUUUCUACAAUGCCAAACUGGAUGGCGGAGUUUGCAUUAUGGGCUCCUAAGCUCAACGUCGUGGAGUAUCAUGGCUGUGCAAAAGCAAGAGCUAUGAUUCGCCAGUAUGAAUGGCAUGCCAGUGAUCCAAGUGGGUUGAAUAAGAAAACUACUUCUUAUAAAUUCAAUGUUCUUUUAACUACUUAUGAAAUGGUUCUCGCCGAUUCCUGUCAUCUACGUGCUGUUCCUUGGGAAGUUCUUGUGGUUGAUGAGGGGCAUCGCCUGAAGAACUCAAGUAGCAAACUUUUCAGCAUGCUCAAUGCAUUUUCUUUCCAACAUCGUGUAUUGUUGACUGGUACUCCUCUUCAAAACAACAUCGGCGAAAUGUAUAAUUUGCUAAAUUUCUUGCAACCUGCUUCAUUCCCUUCUCUAUCAUCAUUUGAGGAGAAAUUUAAUGAUCUCACCACUGCGGAAAAAGUGGAGGAACUGAAGAAACUUGUUGCUCCACACAUGCUUCGGAGGCUUAAAAAAGAUGCUAUGCAGAAUAUACCCCCUAAAACUGAACGAAUGGUUCCUGUUGACUUGUCAUCCAUCCAAGCAGAGUACUAUCGUGCAAUGCUAACUAAGAACUAUCAGAUUUUACGGAACAUAGGCAAAGGGGUUGCACAGCAGUCAAUGCUGAACAUUGUGAUGCAAUUAAGAAAGGUUUGCAAUCAUCCUUAUCUCAUACCAGGUACCGAGCCUGAAUCUGGGUCAGUAGAAUUCCUUCAUGAGAUGCGGAUAAAAGCUUCUGCUAAGCUGACUCUGCUGCAUUCGAUGCUUAAGCUUCUACAUAAGGAAGGCCAUAGAGUCCUUAUAUUUUCACAGAUGACAAAGCUUCUUGAUAUUCUUGAGGAUUAUUUGAACUUUGAAUUUGGUCCCAAAACGUUUGAGAGAGUGGAUGGUUCUGUUUCUGUGGCUGAUCGUCAAACUGCAAUUGCACGUUUUAACCAAGACAAAAGCAAGUUUGUCUUCCUGUUAUCAACACGCUCAUGUGGGCUGGGGAUCAAUUUGGCCACUGCUGACACAGUCAUUAUCUAUGAUUCUGACUUCAACCCACAUGCAGAUAUCCAGGCAAUGAAUCGGGCACAUCGAAUUGGACAAUCAAAAAGACUUUUGGUGUACAGACUCGUAGUUCGUGCUAGUGUUGAAGAACGCAUCUUGCAGCUUGCAAAGAAGAAAUUGAUGCUUGAUCAGCUUUUUGUGAACAAGUCUGGAUCACAAAAGGAGGUGGAAGAUAUCUUACGGUGGGGAACUGAAGAACUUUUUAAUGAUUCUUCUAGUGUCGGUGGGAAAGAUAAUGGUGAAAAUCACAGCAACAAGGAUGAAGCAGUUGCAGAUAUAGAACAUAAACACAGGAGGAGAACUGGUGGUCUGGGAGAUGUGUACAAAGAUAAAUGUACAGAUGGCAGCGGCAAGAUCAUGUGGGAUGAAAAUGCAAUCCUGAAAUUGCUUGACCGUUCAAAUCUCCAGUCUGGUUCGCCUGAUAAUGGCGAAGGAGAUUUUGAGAAUGAUAUGCUUGGCUCAGUAAAGGCUGUGGAAUGGAAUGAUGAACCAACAGAAGAACAAGGGGUAGCUGAAUCACCUCCCGUUGUUGCUGAUGAUUCGUGUGCACAAAAUUUCGAAAAGAAAGAGGAUAAUCUGGUUGGUGGUACUGAAGAAAAUGAAUGGGACAAACUUCUGCGAGUGAGGUGGGAGAAAUAUCAGAAUGAGGAGGAAGCAGCUCUUGGUAGAGGAAAACGCCAGAGAAAAGCUGUUUCUUACAGGGAGGCAUAUGCCCCACACCAUGGUGAAACAUUGAAUGAGCAGAGUGGUCCUGAAGAGGAGCCAGAGCCUGAACCAGAGCCAGAGCGGGAAUACACACCAGCAGGAAGAGCUCUAAAAGCAAAAUAUGCUAAACUUCGGGCUAGACAAAAGGAACGCCUGGCUCGGAGAAACCUAAAAGAACUGUCUGCACCCACUGCUGGAGUUUCUGGACCUGGGUCACUCCCCCAACUCCCUUCAUCGAGCUCUAAAGAUGGGGACCAAGUGGCUAAAUUAGUUCAACCAGUUGAAGAGAAGGGUCCAACAAUCGACUUGGAUGAUAACAAAUGUGGGCAGACAUUGGAGGGACUGAAGAGCAAAACCGAGUCUUCCUUAAGACUGGGCAAGACAUCGAAGCAUAGACCAAGCGGUCAUUCAGAAAUCCCAGUUAAAUCUCUUGCUCAUCUUUCUCCUGACAUCUUUCUGCCAAGUGACCAUUUAGCGGGUCCCAGCUGUACGAACUCUGUGCCCAGCAGCAACUUGUUACCGGUUCUGGGAUUGUGUGCUCCAAAUGCUAAUCAAAUGGAGUCAUCCCAAAGGAAUAUUUCAAGGUCAUAUAGCAGGCAAGGCAAGCAAGUAGUCAGACCGGAGUUCCCAUUCCGAAUAGCUCCUUGCUCUGGGACUUCAAAUGAGAUGGACGUUAAAAGUCACAAGACUACCUCUGACAAAUUUGAACUACCAGAUGCAUCGGCAGAAGCUUUCCCGCAGCGGCUGAAAAAUGGAAACCGCGAUAGUUAUCUCCCGUUUAACUUGUAUCCUCCGGGUAUCCCCCAAGGAAGAGUUCCUGAUCAUUUGGAAAACCCAGGAUCUACUUUCUCUGAUUUUCAAGAAAAGAUGGCCUUGCCGAAAUUACCAUUUGAUGAGAAGUUGCUGCCUAGAUUUCCAUUUUCAUCGAGAAACAUGUCCCAUUCCCACACUGACUUGAUGCCAAGCCUAUCAUUGGGAACAAGAGUUGGAGAUUCAAAUGAAUCGAUUCAAGACCUUCCCACAAUGCCGUUGUUUCCAAAUUUAAAGUUCCCACAAGAUGCAACGAAACAUAGUCAGCAAGAGAGAGAGGUGGGUCCCAUGUUGGGUUUGGGUCCAACACCGCACACAUAUUUGCCAUUUCCCGAAAACCACCAGAAGGUUCUUGAGAAUAUAAUGAUGAGAACUGGAUCUGGGUCGAGCAGCCUUCUGAAAAAGAAAUCAAAAUUAGAUUUCUGGUCUGAAGAUGAACUUGAUUUCCUCUGGAUUGGUGUUCGUAGACACGGGCGGGGCAAUUGGGAUGCUAUGCUUCGUGACCCAAGGUUAAAAUUCUCGAAAUUUAAAGCCGUGGACGAUUUGUCAGCAAGAUGGGAUGAGGAACAACUCAAGAUCAUGGAUGGGCCAGCUUUUCCUAUGCCAAAACCAAUUAAGCCUACAAAAUCUACAAAACCAUCUCUAUUUCCUUCACUCUCUGAUGAAAUGAUGGCACGGGCUUUGCACGGAAAUAGAUUUGGUGGUCCCAUGAAAUUUCAAUCCCACCUGACAGACAUGAAGUUGGGUUUUGGUGAUCUGGCAUCCGGCUCAACACAUUUUGAACCAUCUGAUCGACUUAGUUUACGCAAUGAAAAUUUUGCACCUAUUCCAAUUUGGAAUCCUGACAAGUUUCAGAGUUUCCCUGGAGGCUCGUCUGCGGGACCCUCUGAUAGACCUGGGACUUCUUCAAAUGUGCAGAUUGAGCAACCAUUUCUCCUCAACUCAUUUGGAACCAGUAGCUUCAGUUCUCUUGGUUUGAAUUGCUCAAGCGGCUUUGAUUUACAGCAAAAGGAGGACGUGCAUGGGGCAAGUAAGUUUGGGAAGUUGCCAAGUCAUCUUGAUAGAUCCCUAAUUUUUUUGCACGAUUCCCGAACUAACAUGGGAGGUGAUGAAUUUACCAGUUCUGCUUUGCUGCCUGAUUUUAAUAAAGAACCAAAUGUCUCCGAUUUGAAGGGAAAAGGUGUGGUAACAGGAAGUAGUUCCUCAAAUAACAAGCUGCCUCAUUGGCUUCGGGAGGCUGUAGGUGCUCCUGCAAGACCACCAGAUCCUGACCUACCACCAACGGUCUCAGCAAUAGCACAAUCAGUUCGCUUGCUUUACGGGGAAGAAAACCCCACAAUUCCUCCAUUUGUAGUCCCAGGCCCACUUCCUUCCCAACCUAGGGAUCCACGGAGGAGUCUGAAGAAGAAGAAGAAGAAGAAGAAAAAGCAGAGGUCACAUAUGCACAAUGAUCUUUCAUCGUCUAUUCUGAUGGCCCCACCCUUUCUUCCUGUCCCGCAAUCGGCAGCGGGACCGUCCGGACUUCCUUGGAUUGAAAAACCCAACCUCAAUGUAUCUCCUCUCAAUCUGAAUAUGAUGAAUGCAUCAUCAUCAUCGGUGUUUCCAAACCUCCCGAAGAAAACAGGCGCUGGAUUGUCCCCCUCUCCCGAUGUGCUUCAAUUGGUAGCAUCGUGUGUUGCCCCUGCUCCAACAAGUUCAAGCUUCCUUGAAAGCAAGGUUCCUCCUCCUAAAUCUCCUAAAUCUGGUAUGACAAGUUCACUUGUUGGUCCAUGGGUUCCACUUGAGAGUGAAAGCGGUGAUUCUAGCAAAACUCAAUCCGAUCCUGCUCGCCCUGAACGACCAGACAUAGAGGAAAUAUCAUCGGAGGGAACUGUGUCGGAUCAUCAUGCGAGCGAUCAUGAGCAGUAGACUCAAUAUGGGAUUGAUAAGUACAACAUGGCUCUUCCCCCGAGCUACUCAACUUUCAGGCCCCUUUACCAAUGCGCUCGAAAUUUUGUAGGCGAGUGUUUACACUAGAACAUAUAGGAAUGUUUUGUAAAUUACCUAUUCGUUGCUGCUAACUGUGUUAUCUCGGCCAGAACCGUGAACUUUUUUUUUUGUUUUUUCCCACAUAGUGAUGAACUGGUUUUUUUGCAGAAUAAGGUUUGCUUAUCAAGUGCAUUAACAAAGUGCAGGUUCCAGCCCUAGUGAAAGGGUGGUGCAGCUCCUUGGCCUUUUUGGAGAGAUGUAAAUGUGACAAAAGACAUACCUAUCCUUUGGUUUUUCAUGUUAGUUUAGUUAGCUAGCUCUUUUUGAGAAUAAAUUCUAUCUGAAACUAGUGAAAAUGCUAAGAAAAAAAUUCGGUAGUAUGUUUGAAAUGUAUAGUUGGCUCUUGUUGCUAGAGAUUUGUUAUUAUAUGUACUGAUACUUGCUAUGCUGUACCGGUACUCUUUUUAGAGGAAGGUUGUACUCCAUUUUAAUGAAGUUCUUGAUUUUUGCCCCAAAGAGGAGGAAAACAAUA